AUUCAAGAAAAAAAAAAAAAUACAAAAAAUGGAUUCAGAAUCAUAAAUAUUAGCAUAAAUAGAAUCUGAAAUAUAAAAAUGGUGGGAUACCCCUAGAUACACAGGAGUAAAGCGUCCCUACACUGCUAGAUAAGUAGCUAGUCUUCGUCCUUCCAUCCAUAUAGAAUAUCCUUCAAACAUCUAAGCUAAAAAAAUGUGGAGGCUAUUAAAAGAUGCCCAACUUACCGGUAAUUUCCAUAUGACAUAUGGAGCUUUAGACCCUAUUUAGGUUAUUAAUCUUUCCAAAUAUCUCAAGACUGUAUACGUUUCUGGAUGGUAAUGUUCCGUAUCAGCCUCUACUACUAAUGAACCUGGUCCUGAUUUUGCUGAUUAUCCUGCUGAUACAGUACCAAAUAAAGUCGAUUAAUUAUUCAAAGCUUAAUUAAAUUAAGAUAAAAUUUAAAAUUAAGAAAGAUCUUCCAUGACGCCUGAAUAAAGGGCUAAAAAACCCAGAGUUGAUUACUUAGCUCCAUUAUUAGCUGAUGCUGAUGCCGGAUUUGGAGGUCUUACAUCAACCAUGAAGUUAAUCAAACUUUUCAUCUAAGCAGGUGCUGCAGGUAUCCAUAUUGAAGAUUAAAGACCCGGUAAUAAGAAAUGCGGACACAUGGGUGGAAAAGUAAUAGUUUCUUGCCGUGAACACGUCAAUAGAUUAAUUGCUUGCAGAUUAUAAGCCGAUAUUAUGGGUACUGAAUUGAUAAUUUUAGCCAGAACUGAUGCAUUGGGUGCUAAAUUAAUUGAUUCUAAUAUAGAUCCUAUUGAUUAACCUUAUAUUUUGGGUAUUUGUGAUGAUGGAAAAGAAAGAUCUUUCCCUGAAGCUGGUUUAUAAUAGAUUAAAAAAUAAUUUUAAGGAGCAUAAAGAGAUUAAAUAUCCUAAUAAUGGAUGUCUAAAUGCUACACUAUGAGUUAUUAAUAGGCUAUUUAAUAUGCUAAAACAUUAGGAUUUUCUUUCUAAUUUGAUUGGGAAACUAAUAGAUCUAGUGAAGGAUUCUACAAUAUUGAAGGAUCUCCUGAAUUAUGUGCUGCAAGAGCUAAUGAAUAUCUGAAAUAUGCAGAUAUGGUUUGGAUGGAAACUCCAACUCCUACUAUUGAAACUGCCACUAAAUUCGCUAGUUUAGUCAAAAAAGUACACCCUAAUAAACUUUUGGCUUAUAAUUUAUCCCCUUCAUUUAAUUGGAGUGCUUUUGGAAUGUCUAAUGAAUAUAUUUAAGGCUUCUGUGAAUAAUUAGGUAAAUUAGGAUAUUCUUGGUAGUUUAUAACAUUGGCAGGAUUUCAUAUGAAUGCCUUAAAAUCAGAAUAAUUGUCAAAAGAUUUAGCUUAAAGACAUAUGUUGGCUUAUGUUGAAACUGUCUAAAGAGAAGAAGAGAAGCAUAAAGUUGAUUAAUUAACACAUUAGAAAUGGUCAGGUGUAAAUUAUGUAGAUGAAUGCUUAACACUUAUUUAACCUGAUAGUAAAACUUUAGCAAAUUCUAUAGAAUCUACUGAAAAUUAAUUCAGUAAAAAUCAUUGAUUAAAAUUUAAUAUUUUAUAUUAAUAAAAAUAGUUAUUAAAUUUUAUGUGAAAAAUUAUU